GGGGUCCUCAAAUAGUCAUGUUUAUUUCAUUUUGCAUAAUUAAUCAUUAUUUAUAUUUGAUAUUUGUUUCUUUUUGUUUCAUAAAUUUAUAUAGAUCGAUAGAAUUGUUAAGUUUUUUCUUUUCAGGAUUCCUUAAUCUAUAUAUAAAUACAUGUACGAAGCAUCCAGAGCAAUCCCCAACAUUCCAAUAGAAAGUAGUUCAGGUCAUUUAUUUUUUUUUUCGUUGGAUACAAUAUUCCAAUAAUUUUUCAACCAAUGAAAAAGCGUGUAACAUGCAAAAUUAAAUGAUUACUUAAUUAACGCGAGAAAUAUAACGCCAGUCAACGUAAACUGUGCAUUGUGACGUCACCUAGCUCCGAUGGUUGUAUUUUCAAACAAACAAUCGCUGACAUUUUCCUUGAAAUGUGAACACCGACGACUUCAUAGGCGACGCGUUGAUUGGUUAACAUAAAGUUCACAUGAACAUGGCCCCUAAUCGAGUUAUGUCAGACCUUCUUACGCAAAGUAUACGGCGCGAAUCUUAGAAGUCUGAUUUUAAUUAGAUUGGUAGGGAGGGAUCUUUAUUGUGCCACACCUGCUGUGACACUGGGCCUCGGUUUUUGCGGUCUCAUCCGAAGGACCGCCCCAUUUAAUCGCCUCUUACGACAAACAAGGGAUACUGAAGACCUGUUCUAACCCAGAUCCCCACGGGACGAAGUUUUUAGAAAAUUUAUUCAUAGUACUUUAGUAUACAUAUACGACAUCCCCUAAAAUGCAGAUAUCUUACAUAACCAGUGGUGUCAGGUUUUGUAAAAAUUUACUUGUCAUUCUUAUCAGAGACAUCAAACAUUGCCAUUGGGUAUCAGAAUUAUACCAAAUUAGUGCUGUAACGCUAUAUCAUUGGGAUUUCCAUAUAACUACAUGUGCAAUAUGAUUGUAUUCUUCCUCUAUCAGUUGAAAUGUCUGGAUAUAUGCAUGUUAAAAUACUAAUUCUUUUUAUAGAGACUGCAUCGUAACACUGAGAUAGCAGAUAUACAUGGGAAAAAGAUGAAGGCUAUGGAAAUAUUUUCCAUAUCUAUCAAAUAUCUGAAGAAUUCUAUUUUGGACAUGAUGAAUUCUACAACUGGUAGAGAAAUCUUAGAUAGAGACAUCGACUAUGUAUUGACAGUGCCAGCAAUUAGGGGAGAUGCAGCCAAAAUGUUCAUGCGAGAAGCCGCAGUUAAGGCUGGAAUACCAAGAGACCAACUAACCAUCGCUUUAGAACCAGAGGCAGCCUCCAUUUACUGUCAGUAUAUGUAUCUGGAGCAAGAGUAUGACAAAGAUCCUGAUAGUACAUUCCAGAAGCAGGUGAAAGAAAAAUCCAAAUACAUGGUUGUAGACCUUGGAGUUAAUUUAAGCUUCAUUUCUGUAGAUAAUUUGGAAUGUGUUUUCAACAUUAUUCCAAAAUAUUAAUGAAAUUCCUUGGCAAAGAAAAUUCAUGGAAUUUCGUACUGGAUAAACUUUGAAAUAUCUUGUUUUAGGCGGCACUGUUGACAUCACCGUUCACAAACAAGCAGACGAUGGAACAUUAGAGGAGUUGCUUCCCGCCACUGGAAGACCAUUAGGAGGAACGUCUGUAGAUAACGAGUAUGCAGAUUUGUUGGAAACAAUCGGAGGAAAAGGAGUGUUAAACAAGUUUAAAGAACGUUGUUUGGAAGAUCAUUUAGAUAUAUUCCGAGAAUUUGAAAUAAAAAAGCGUGCGUACAAUGGAACAAAAGUUAGAAUCAAAAUCCCACCCCGGUUUGAUAGGAUUAUUAAAGAAGACAAAACUAAGGGAAGUAUAAAACAAUCGCUUCAAAGCACUCAAUACAAAGACCAUGUUACUUAUACAAAUAAUAAACUUUCGUUGGAACCUUCAAUAUUUGAAGAUUUUUUCAAGAAAGCCGUAGAUGGCAUUUCAAACUAUAUCGAAGAUAUUUUAGCUAACAAAUCUGUUGGCGAUGUGAGGACCAUCAUCAUGGUUGGGGGCUUUUCAGAAUGUAGCCUUAUUCAAAACGCAAUCAAGACAAAAUUUUCAGCAUAUCGAAUCAUUAUACCUGAAGAGGCUGGGCUUGCUGUUGUUAAAGGUGCCGUCUAUUUUGGAAAUUUGGCAAAUGCCAUAUCCAGGCGUGUCUCGCGAUAUACGUAUGGGAUCCAAAGCUGGCCAGAAUAUACACCAGGGAUAGAUCCACCAAGUAAGAAAAUUAACGUAAAUGGAUCAAUGCGAUGCAAAGAUGUUUUCUUUCCCGUUGUACAUCGCGGAGAACAAAUUCCAGUAAGUUUCAGAAAGUCUCAAGUUUUUCAGUAUUUAAAACCAAACCAAAGUGAAAUGGAAUGUGCAAUUUAUGUUUCGGAUCAAGAAAAUCCACGAUUUGUUGAUGAUGGAAGUUGUAGACAAUUGGGUAUAUUGAAAGUACCAUUACCACGCGGAUUUGGUUCUGUGGAAAUAGAAGAAACAAUUAUAUUUGGUGAAACGGAUAUAGAAUUUGUUGCACUCCAGAUUGGGUCUGGUAAAGUACUGGAGACAUAAUUUGAUAUGUUGGACUUUAAAACUCUCCCCAGGUCGUGAUUCCGGUACUCUCACGGAAUUGUGAAUAAUUUCUCUAACAAGGUUGAGUGAACAAAAUACUUUCUGUUGAUUUAUAACUGCCUCCAAAUGUGAUUGUGCAAAUGUGUUCAACUCUUAAAUUCAACUCUGAGUUGGUGUCUGAUGGUGACAUUAUACAUAUAUUGAACAGACAUAUAUCAUGUAUUUCAUAUGAUUAUUUGUAUUAUUUUGUAUAAAGAUAAAAGUUCUUUUAAUUCCUAGAAA